CAGAAUAAAAUAUUUAAGUUUGUCAAACAAAAACACUUGUCACAGAAUACUCCUUCGGUGCUUUUAUGUUUCUUGCGAAGAACACUGAAUCUGCUAUUAUUGUGCAGUAUCUCCUAGCACACCCUUAAACAAAUGUCAGAUGGCAGCUAACAAACAAUGCACUAGAAGUUGUUGAAAACUGUAGAAACGUUUGCGAGUGUGACAACAGGGAGUGUCGCAGCAGCAGCAGCAACAGCAGCAGGGCCCUCAGUCAGACAGUCACACGCACCACUGGAGAGUUAGCGACCAAACAAACAACAUGGAGGUGGGGGACCUGCUCAGCGAAACCUGCGCUCCUGAGGAUUUAAAGAUAUUUGAAAAAAGUUACAAUGAAGAGAUGUGCAAAGGAGAGGUAUCCAGCAAAACACAGUUUGAAUAUGCCUGCUUCCUUGUUCGCAGCAAGUACCCAGCAGACAUCCAGCGAGGCAUCGUACUACUGGAAGAACUGUACAAACGUCCCGAAGAAGGUGGUAAUAGAGACUUCGUUUACUACUUAGCAAUAGGAAAUGCCAGACUCAAGGAAUACGAAGUUGCUUUGAAAUAUGCCCAGGGACUGCUGCGCGUUGAACCUGGCAACAGACAGGUUCUCCAACUCGAAAAAUGUAUUAAGAAGAGGAUGGAUAAAGAUGCUUUGAAGGGAGCAGCCAUAGCAGGAGGAGCAAUCCUAGGUCUGGGGGCUUUGGUGGGCCUUGGUGUGGCACUGGCAAGAAAAUGAUUAGUUCUACUGCAGUUCUAUGAAGCAAAUGUUGUGUCAUAUUCCCAUAUGUGAACCAUCAUCUUAACAGCCAACUUGAAACAAUGUCAGCAUCACUCAUUCCAUAUUUUGAACAAAUAUAUGCAUAUUUUGUACUAAAGGAAUGUCGUUUCUGUGAUGUGUGAGGUAUGAUUUCACUGAUGACAACAUGACAUAUUCCUUUGAAUAUGUGUAUGUAGUGUUCAUUUUCCUGUGUACUCUAGUAAUUGUUGCCUUAUUAAAGUUCAUCAGUAAGGUAACAGUUUUAAGGCAAAAAGUAGUUUGUUUUGGUGAUAAGUUCUCCAUACAUGUACAUUCACAGUAAUUAUUUUUAUCACAGUAUUCUUUAUUGUCUCAAAGAUAAGCAUACUUAUAUAACUAUUCCACCAUUAUAUGAACAGAACAGGGCAAUGGUAACAUGUUUACAAUAGCACUGUGCAAGACUCCUCCUGGACAAACAUUACUGCAGCACAGUAGUAGACUGACUCCUGAGGUGACUGUUGUGUGGCCAAAAUGUAUUGAGUUUCCUCAGCUGCUUUCCUAACUAGUCUGUACUAUGUAGUACUGCUACACCCAGUGUUGACACAAAAAUACUUUAUAAUGUGAUAUUUGUACUAUUACAAUAUUGUAAUUUUAUUAGAUGUGUAUAUUAUAUAUUAGCAAUAAUACAGGCUUGUGUAAAGAUAAGCUAGUGAUGCUUUACAAAUCAGGUGUACUGCUGGGAUCUUCAUACUUGUAGGAAAACCACGCCAAUUUAUUUAUAAAUGAAAAAUAAAAAAAGUUUAAUGAACA